AAUUUGAUCUCGAUUGUCCAGCGUCCAGUAGCAACGGCACAAUCAACAUGUUAAUAUCGGAUGCUCUGUUUUUCUCCCUUGUUUAUGCCACAGUGAUCGCAGAUCCUAUUGUCUACCGGGGCGAGCAACAGUCGCAAAAGCCGCCGAAGCGAUUUGAGCUGGCCAGAAACUGGCAGCAGUCGUCUGAAAUUCAGCAGAUUCCCCAGCAGUCCGAAUACGACUACCAGCAACCCCUCGUGGUGGUGCAUUCGUACAAAAAGCCCAGCCAGUACCAGUACUACUACGAAGGGCCGACCCUGCAGAAUGUGCUCGAGCCACCAGUGCAACAGCCCGAAAGGCCGAGAUCCAAGAGCAGCGUCAUCCAGCAGAUCAAUGCAUUCUGUCUCGAGGAAAACGGCCAGUUUCCGUUUCCGCAGGACUGCAGAAAAUUCGUCAAUUGCUGGAAGGGUCGAGGAACGGUUCAGGUGUGUGCUGCUGGAACCUUAUUCGAUCCAGAAAUGCGAAUCUGCAAUCACGCCAAUCGGGUGAGCUGUACAGACACAGACGUGGAGCAACCGCAGAUUUUUCACGGCUUCGUCAGGGCAGGAGGUCGCCGCCUCGAAGAGCAGCACGAAUUCUCGGAAUUCGACGAAGAUAACACAGGACAACAGGUUGGGCUGGAGCAGAACUACAACCGGGAGUGCGAGUACCCUGACAGGCCAUGCCCGAUUCCGCAGCCGCCGAGCCAGCAGGAGCCGCAGGCCCUGAGCUGCCCUGAGCCGUCGGGGAUGUGGCGCCACCCUUACGACUGCACCAAGUUCAUCCAGUGCGCACACAACCGCCUCUUCGAAAUGCCGUGCGGCCCUGGCACGCUUUUCAACCCUCUGCACAUGGUCUGCGACUGGCCCCAAAACGUCGAUUGCCAGGUCGGCGGCGGCGAGUUGGUCCCUGAGCAAAGCCAGACGGCCGGACAUAUCGAAGAUAGGAUUGCGGUGGAAGGGCAGGAGUCGCAAUACUUUGGUCCGCCGAUCGCCUCAACCCCAACAACCACGACGACGACAACCACUACAACAACGACAACCACGACGAAACGUCCAACCACCACGCAGAGGAAAUACCAAACCAUGUCCAGGACCAGACCACCUGCAACCACACCAACUCGGCCCACGACCACCCCAACCACCCCACCUCCAACAACCACCCCCGAGCUCUUGCCGGAAACCACGCCCCCCGUGUUUGUUCCCGAGGAAAUUCCGGAUGAGUCGAGCAUCAUUCCCAACGACCUAAAGUCGCCCCCGGCGGGACAGGUGCCUCAGCCGCAGCCCAAAAAUGGGCAGAGGGUGCGUCUGCGCAACGGCCCUGAACCCUGGGAGGGUCUGGUGCAGGUCUUUCUCGGCGACAACUUCGGCUGGGGAUUCCUGUGCGACGUCAGUGGCAACUGGACCAUCAGCGAGGCCAACGUCGUCUGCAAUCAACUCGGAUAUGAAAACGGUGCAGAAUUAGCGUGGCAAGGGUCGCGAUUCGGCUUGGCCAAAGCGCUGUGGCCUCGACUCUCUCUGGCGUGUUCGGGCCAAGAACGGUCGCUGCUCGAAUGCAGGGCGAAAGACGUGUCCUCGCUGGGCUCGUGCGACCUCGCCAGGCACGGGGCCGCCGUCCGGUGCGUGCGGCCGUCCAGGUCCCUGUGCGGCCCGUUGGAGGUCGCGUGGGGCGGCAAAUGCUACAAGCUGACCAAGGAAAUGACCUCCAGGGAACAAGCCAAAACUCAGUGCGGCGAAAACGGAAAUCUGCUCACCAUCGAGUCACAGGCUGAGAACGAUUUUAUUUCCGAGUGGCUUCUCAUCAAGUAUCCGUCCGUGGGCAAGGUUUUCACCGCCGGAGUGGGCGUCAAGCUGUUUAAAAAUCCAGUUUGGAUAUGGCAGGGCAGCAGCUCGCCCUUCGUCUACAGCAACUGGUGGUCAGAAUCGACUGGCGACGACGGUUGGCCCGAGUUGAAAGCAGACAGGAUUCCAAAGUGCGUGAUCGGCUCGCGUUUCUUCCCGUGCAAGGAUUCGCGCAAAGGCGAGCUGUGCGACCAAGGCUACCUCUUCUGGGAGGCGGCCGAGUGCUCGGACAGGAGCUGGGCAGUGUGCGAGCGGCCGCAGGACGAGGUUGCGUGCCGCGAACCUGGCGUCAGGUACAAGGGCAACGCGAGCAUCGGCAUCAGCGGCCUCGAGUGCCAGCCGUGGGAUUUGAAGGAGCCGCUGCUCCGGCUGCUCAGCAUCGCCGAGAAAGCCGACCUGCAGAGCCACAACUACUGCAGGGAACUGCCCCUGGCCAACCAGAAGGUCGAUAUAAACGGACCCUGGUGCUUCGUCGCCCCAAACUGGCCUGAGGAGUGCGAUGUGCCCAGCUGCAACGCCAGUGUUGAAGCUCGAUCUAGCACUUUAAACGUGCAGUGCAAAACGAACGAACGGCGGUGCGAGAGCGGCGGUUGCAUCUCGACAGACUGGAUUUGCGACGGAGAGAAAGACUGUCCUGAAGGCGAGGAUGAAAGAGGAUGCAAGGAUCUGCUAUCCGGAUUCACGGUGAAGCUGUUCAACCACCUGGUGGCGAGGGACCGAGAAAAGUAUUUGGGGGUGAAAGUGGAGAAGUGCGCCAAGCUGUGCAUCGAGAGCCACUCGUUCGUCUGCAAGUCUUUCAGCUACCAUUCAACCAACAAAACAUGCAUUUUAAGCGAAGACAAUAUCGGAACGUCUGGAGGUUUGAAAAUGAACGAAGCGUGGGAUUAUUACGAGCGGAAAGCGCUGACGGUCGACUGCUCCAACAUGUUUAAUUGCGGCAACAAAAAAUGCAUUCCUAAGCGAUCUGUUUGUGACGGAAGAAAUGACUGCGGAGACAGGACUGACGAGAAAAACUGCUCGCCGGACGCACUGAAUUUCGGUCUCAGGUUGAUCGGCGGUGCGACAGAAAACGAAGGCCGAGUGGAAGUUAGAGCUUUCAACAAGUGGGGACUGGUGUGCGACGACAAGUUUGACAUUUUGGACGCCCACGUGAUUUGCAAGGAAUUGGGCUACACGCUCGGCGCCGCAGCGGUUGUGCGAGCUUCAGAAUACGCACUUCUUCUAAACAGCACGAAAAAACUUCCGUUCUUCAUGGACGACCUGCAGUGCAACGGAAGUGAAUCGACAAUCAGCGAAUGCAACUUCAGUGGCUGGGGCGAACACGACUGCAGACAAGAUGAGGCUGCUGCCGUAUCUUGUCGCGUGCCUGGCCAAGAAUGCAACCCUUACGAGUUCAAAUGCGACAGCGGCGAGUGCCUGCUUUUGAAAUACCUCUGCGACGAGUUUGACGACUGUCAAGACAUGAGCGACAGUUUUCCGGAAAAGUGUCAGGCUCCGCUGGAGGUUCGGCUUGCCGGUGGCGAGAACGAGUUGGAGGGGCGCGUGGAAAUUCGCUACAAGGGCACCUGGGGCAGCGUGUGCGACGACAGUUUCGAGCAGCCCGACGCGCAGGUCAUCUGCAGGAUGCUGGGCUACUGGGGCCCGGCCAAGGCGCUCAAGGCGGCCACCUUCGGCGCCGGCUCGGGGCCCAUCUGGCUGGACGAGGUGCAGUGCCUGGGACAGGAGACGGACAUCGCAAAGUGCGGACUGCUGCCCUGGGGCGAAAACAACUGCGGACACAACGAGGACGUCGGCGUCCGAUGCUCGUUGGGAAACUUUACCUUUGGCCAAAGACACAAGGAGCCGGAGCCAAAGAUCAAAGCCCAGCCGCAGGUGCUGACCGAGUUUUUCCCCGCGCAGUGCGGCUCCAUCCAGCUUCCAGAACCGUUGCUGAAGGGCAGUAGGUUCACUCCGAAGGUGAUUGGAGGGUUAGAGGUGGAAAAAGGUUCCCAUCCCUGGCAGGGCAGUUUGCGGGUGCGAGGUCCUAGCGGCUUGUCAGUGCACUGGUGCGGCGCGAUUUUGAUCUCGAAUCUGCACGCGCUGACCGCGGGUCACUGUGUCAUCGACCAUCAAAAGUCGCAGUUCAUCCUCAGAUUUGGAGACCAUGACACGCACACUGCCGAGGAGAGCGAGCGCGACGUGCAAAUCGACGACAUUAUCCAGCACGAGGAGUUCAACAUUGGUCCCAGACUGAACAACGAUAUCGCCAUCAUCCGAAUCCGCUCGCCAGGCAUCGAGUUCACCGAUUUCAUCCAGCCGGUGUGCGUGGCGGCCCGAGACGCGGUGUACUCGCCCGAAAUGAACUGCACCAUUUCCGGCUGGGGUGCGAAAGGGGCCUCGUCCAGCGGGCCGUCAAGGUUCCUCAGGGCCGGCGUCGUUCAUCCCAUUCCGGACCAGACGUGCAGAAGCAAUCAGGUUUACGGGGGGCAGGCGUUAAGCGCGGGCAUGGUUUGCGCCGGCGACCUGCAGGGCAGCGUCGACUCGUGCAACGGCGACUCCGGGGGUCCGUUGGUGUGCCCUGACGAGGGUCGUUUCACGCUGUACGGCAUCACGAGCUGGGGUCGCGGCUGCGGCACGUCCAACAAGCCCGGCGUCUACGUCCGGAUGAGCGCCUACAGGGAUUGGCUCGAGAAGAAAAUCAGGCAGAUUGAACUGACCGAUAUCGACCUCGAGAACUUGCUCGAGGCUCGACAGUGAGCAAAUAAUUUUACUGUGUAGUGUUUUUGAUAAUAAAUGUAGAUACAAAAUAAUAGAAA